AAAAUGAUUCGCUCACGCUCUUUUACACCUUCCAGCGUCACUAGCCACCCUUGAAUCUCAUGCAAAGCUCAAAUAAUCAAAACAAUCCUGACUGAACAUUAUACUCGCAUUUGUGUCCAUAUCUUAAAAGACUGACAAUGAGCAGCCGGCGGCGACGAUGCAGGCGUCAGUUGAUCAAGUUCACUCAGCAUAUUGCUCGAUUGAUCACAGGAACUCUAAACUCAGAUAAUGAGGACGAAGACCAGGAGAGCACAACGGAGCAGUACCACCGCGAAAAUCUGGAACAACUGCAGUCCCAGACCCACUUUACUAAACAAGAGUUACAGCUACUCUACAGAGGAUUCAAGAAUGAUUGUCCGAGUGGAGUCGUGAAUGAGGACACAUUUAAAAACAUCUAUGCUGUGUUCUUCCCAAUGGGAGAUGCUUCAAAUUAUGCAUAUUUUCUCUUUAAUGCAUUUGAUAAAGAUCAGAAUGGCUCUCUUAGUUUUGAGGAGUUAGUUUGUGAUCUCUCUGUUCUAUUGAGAGGCACUACUGAAGAGAAACUGAACUGGGCUUUCAAUUUGUAUGACAUCAACAAAGAUGGAAACAUUACCAAAGAGGAAAUGUUGGAUAUAUUAAAGUCUAUUUAUGAUUUGAUGGGAAAAUCUAUCCAUCCGCGGCUUAAAGAAGAUGCAAUACGGCAACACGUCAAGAUGUUCUUUCAAAAAAUGGAUAUAAACCAGGAUGGUGUAGUGACUAUUGAUGAAUUCAUUGACUGCUGCAAAAAAGAUGAAAAUAUCAUGCAAUCUCUUAAGAUUUUUGACAAUGCGGUCUGAAUAUCAGACAGGAUUUCCACUACCACCGCUGGAUAUCAUUGGUUAUCACAACACUCGUUAGAUAUCAGCUGUUUGUCUUUUUUGAACUGAUUUUGGAUUCCGCAGUAUUGCUAUAACUUUCUGGAAAGUAUGGAUAUUUCUGUUGUUUACUCUAAAUCCACUUAAAGUACUAUAUAGCAACUAUGCAGAACAGCUAUAGCACAACUACUGUAUAUGGUACUAAUCUACACCGUGCUAUAUUAAGCUUAAGUGGUUCCCCUAUGAUUACAAGCCAGUGAACCACUUUUUGGGAUAUUUAGUACCAUUUUUUGAGUGUUAUUUUUAAUACUCUAAUUUCAAAGGCCAAAUGAAAUUGAGAGCUCAUUGGUGAAUAUAUGUUUGUUUGUAGAGGUUUACGUGAAAAAGUUUAAGUGUAAAAGAACAAAUUUACAGUACAGUAUGUGCAGUGUUGUAGAACGGCAGCUGCUUUCAAAAACAACAUAGGUGAUUUAUUUAUUGUUUAUUUAUUGUGGUGAUCAAUUGUGUCCCAAUUCAGUAGUUGUAUCCUCCGAGAGCUGCAUUCCAAGACUGAAAGCAUCACAGUGGGACCAUAAAUGCCAUUCUAUUUUGAAGCUUAGAUUUUUUAAAUGUAUUAUUUUUUCCCAGGCUGAUAGAAAGGG